ACAGCUAACGCCAGUCUGUCUCCCCAGUGGUUCAGUCCAGCCAAUUUCGGGACGUGGUGGAGUGUGUUGACAGCCAGCAGUAACUUGUCUGGCACUCUCUCUCCCCUGUUCGCCGCCUACAUCAUUAUAUCCCACGGCUGGAGUGCUUCCCUCGUGAUUGCUGGUCUCGUGUCCCUAGUAAUGGCAGUGGUUGCAGUGGUGAGCCUUGUUGAUGACCCAAAGCUUGCCAACCUUCCCAGCCCAGCCACGCCCACACACACCCCUAGCAAGGAAGGAGAGGAGAAGGAGAAAGAGAAACAGAAAACGGAGUCUGGAACAGUGCGAGAUUUAGUUCAGUCUCCCUUCCUGUGGCUUGUCUCUGUCUGCUACCUUGUCGUCUUCAUGGCUAAGACUGCGAUCUCGGAGUGGGGCCAAGUGUUUGUUAUGAACGAGUUAGGAAGGUCACAGAUGGAAGCCAGUUCCUUCGUCAGCGCUAUGGAGACAGGAGGGUUCUUUGGGGGCAUCCUAGCUGGGGUUCUCACUGACCGCAUCGCCUCUAAGGUCAAAGUACAAGCUAAUGUGCGUCUGUUGGUGGCCGCUGCGUUCAUCUCUAUGUGCUGCGCUGGCCUCUAUGUGCUGACUUUCGUGCUGACCUCUGCUUCAUCCCAGGUGUUGGUGUCUGGCGUGGGGGCUGUUCUCGGGGCUAGCAUGUUCGGCCCCAUCUCUAUUUAUGGCAUUGUGGCGUCAGAGUCCUUCCCGGCGCAUCUUUCUGGCACCGCCCAUGCUUUCGUUGCGUUGGCGGCGAAUGUUGGCGCGGUGUUAGCUGGGUGGCCUCUAAGUCAAGUGGCGCGCCUGUGGUCGUGGCGUGGUGUCCUCCUCCUCCUGCAGACACUCACCGCCUCCUCCGUCCUGCUCAUCCUCACCACCCCGCGCCUCCACAUCACCAAGAACAAGAAGGAUUAGAGAGAGAGAGAGAGAGAGAGAGAGAGAGAGAGAGAGAGAGAGAGAGAGAGAGAGAGAGAGAGAGAGAGAGAGAGAGUGUGUAAAAACAGUUUCCACCUAGUGUAUUAGUGAAUUGUUUUUUUCAUAGUACAAAUCAGUCACUUAAAACUGUAUAGAAACUUACACUAACAAUGAUAACAAUAGUAAUUAUAAAAAAAAAGAUAAAAUAAUAAUAGUAAUAAAUAAUAAUGCCAAUAAUAACUAACAAUGACAUUAUUUGAAUUAUUAUAUGGGGGGAGGGGGUACGAUGUCUUCACUUUUCAAUUAUCGUACUGAUUUUUUUUUUUUCUUCAAUUAUUAUUAUGAAUGAUUUUAUUUCUAUGUCCAUGUAGCGUGAAUGUUCCUUUUAUUUAUACGACAUGAAUGUAUUGUGUUUGUUCUGUUUAGUCUGUUUUAAUGGAUUUUUAGUCUUAAGUAGCGUUAUAUAAAGAAGAAAAUUAA